UGACCAUCAUUGCUCCCGUUGCCGUCAUCCCGACCCCGUACUCACCUUAAUAACCUGUUUCGAGCGUUUUCUCUUUGUUCCUGGUUUUGUUCUUCCUAUUGUAUACUACUUUCUUUCCCCCUUCCCUUCACCUUCGCUCGUUACCGCUCGUCUCAUUCAUCCUAUCUCCGGUGCGGUGUUGGAUGAUCGAGAUGCUCAUGCUUGGCUAGUGCAGCACCCAACUUUUAUUUUAUUCUCCGGUUUAGCAAUUCACAUCUACAAUUCCCAAUGCUGGCGAAGAUUGGGGAGAAGCCCCCCGCAAUGGGGGCCUCACGGAUAUGGAAGAAGAAGAUAAUGCGAUUUACAGUCACUCUCUGUUUGGUGAGCGCUUUUGCGUUCUUCCUCUGGCCUCAGAUCAACUACGAGCAGCCUGCUGCCGAUACCGUCUCCAACAUUACAAUAACCUCAAGUGUUCAAUGCGAGCCGGACUUUGAUGUCCUUCGGCGUCUCGAUGUCCAUAAAUUAUCACAGUAUACGCGCCGAGAAGUGAUCGCUGUUCCAUCCUCCAACAACGUCCUACCCAUGAGGCAAAAUUUCCAGACGCCCUUAUUCGAGCCGAAGUCUCCGAAACUACCGAAUAGCCCCGAUAACCUCCCCGUACAGCAAGUGCAGGACGAUUGUAUGAUUCCAGAGCCUGUGACUGUACAGGUUCUUCAGCCCCCAAGACACGCGGAUGCAUCGCACAUUGACUUUGGCGUUGCGACAACCCUGGCACGGUUGAAUGACUCGUUGGAUGCAUUCGCUCAUUGGGCUGGCUACACCAAAACUCGCAUCUUUGCUCUCAUCGAACCGGAUGAGGAGAAGAGAACAUAUGAGGUUCAGGCUAAGGCUGAUUCGCUCGGGAUCAAUCUGUAUAUUACGGAAAAUGACGAAGAGUACCAGCGCCGCUACUUCACUUUGGUCUCGCAUUUAGGCAAGCAUAUGCGGCCGCAGACACGGUGGUCCUGCAUCAUUGACGAUGAUACAUUUUUCUUGUCUAUGUCGGAACUAGUGAAGGCUCUUGGGGAAUAUGAUGAUACUCAACCUAUGUAUGUCGGUGGUCUUUCGGAGUCAAUUCCGCAGAUCGGCGUGUUCGGAUUGAUGGGAUUUGGAGGCGCAGGCGUCUUUCUAUCUCGACCUCUCGUGGAGGAAAUCAGCAAGCCCGAGAUCUUCGAUGCCUGUCUGGAUACAGACCACACCGGCGACCGGAGGAUAUCUCUGUGCAUUUACCAGCAUACGUUUACGCGCUUGACCGUCAAUCACCGGCUGCGGCAACUUGACGUUCAGGGCGACGUUUCAGGAUUCUUUGAGUCAGGACGGCAACCACCGCUUUCUGUACAUCAUUGGAAAUCGUGGUUCCAUAUGGAUAUGGCUAAACUGAGUGUUGUUAGCGAGCUCUGUGGCGAUAGCUGUCUUCUACGGCAGUGGAAGUUCGCAGACGGCUGGAUUUUGACGAACGGCUUCUCGAUAAUGAAGUACAGCCAGGAGAUCGACCCGAGCGACAAGACCAUGGAGCUUACAUGGGAGGGUCAAAAUGGUGCAGUACACGAGUCAUACCUGCACGAGUUCGGUCCUUUGCGCGGGAAAGACUGGGACAAGUUCAGCUACCUGCUCGAAGACUCUGUUCUCGACGGCAACAAAGUACGGCAAUGGUACGUCCAUCGCGAUCCCGAGAAGGGAGACCAAAUCUUAGAAUUGAUUUGGCGAACUCAAUAGAAGGCUAUCUGGGUUUCUGGUAUGACGUCUAGGGUGUGCC